AUGGGUUCCAUAGAAGAAUCAUCAGACCAUGCUGUUGCAGUGUCGAGCAACCAGCCGUCUGACCUCACCGAGAAGAAAGCGUCUGGUAAGAGAUGGCCCGCCGCCAUCGAGAAGUACCAGGUCCUCGUGGAAUCUCUCUUCAAGAGUGACCAGGUCAUUCUUGUUCCCAUGCCCACGACUGAUCCCCGAGAUCCUCUCAACCUCCCCGACUGGCGAAAACUCACUGCCAUUGCUGCCAUCUGCUGCUUCGGCGCCAUGGCAGCGGCGGCCGAGCUCAUCCUAGGUGCCAUGCUGCCUGUAUUCGUCUUCCUCUACGCCGGCCUCGACCCCAAACUUCUCACCAAAGUGCACUUGCCCACCGGCGUCAACAGCCUGACCAUUCUCAACGAGUUCCCCGGACCGCCUAUCUGGCACAUUUACCUGCUCGGCUCCGCGCCCAUCCUCGUCAUCGGCAUUGCCAACUUUUUCCUCGUCCCGCUCGCUGUUGCCGUCGGCCGCCGCACCAUCCUCCUCACCACCGGGGCCAUCGCCAUUGCCGGCUGUGUCGGCUCCGGCUUCAGCAACUCGUUUGGCGUGCAUCUCGCGUGCCGUACCAUUCAAGCUCUCGGCGCUGGCACCGUGGAGAGUUUGAUCCCGUUCAUCCUUCAGGACAUGGUCUUUCAACACCAGCGCAACGCGGCCAUUAGUGUCGUCUUUGCCACGCAGGGGCUUAUUAUUGCAAUUCUUGGUAUCGCAUCGCCAUACGUCAUUGGGUAUGCAAGCUGGCGGGUUCUGUACUUUGCGACGGCGAUUGCUGGGUUUGUGCUUUGGGUUGCCAUCUUCAUCUUUCUCCCGGAAACGAAAUUUCCUCGCUCCGAGGAUGAACAACAAGGGCGACCGGCGGUUCCUCUGCAACCGGGCCAGUCCCGGCCAGAACUCGACUUCAUCAAUUACCCCCCGCGGCGGUGGGCUGAUGACAUGCGAUUGAUAAGAGGCAAGCCAGACUGGGGGAGUGGUUUCCAAGCCAUAUGGGAUUCUAUACGCACAUUCUUCCACCCUCACCUGUUCUUCAUCACCAUGCUCAACUCCGCCAUUAUCGCAAUAGGCGUGGCGGCAGGGUACACCGCAGCCCCCCAACUGCUCGCGGAGCCGUGGGCGUGGCCGUUUUACCACCUCGGCUUCUGCCUGUUUCCGGUCAUCAUAGCGGCUUGUGCUUCUUUUAUACUGUCAGGCUGGGGUGCUGACCUGGUUGCCAAUUGGAUCGCUGGCAGAAAAGGCAAACGCACGCCAGAGGUCCAGCUGUUGAACCUCAUAUUCCCCUGCUUGACUGGCCUCGUUGGCUGUCUUUUGUUUGGAAUCUCCGGCGACAACCCAGAAAAGUAUCACUGGAUGAUUUUCCUACUAGGCCUUGCCUUUAUCGUCUUCGCAUUCCUCGCGACGAAUACUAUUGGCAUUGUUUAUGUGCUCGAGUCAAAUCCACAGCUUGCUGGCCCGUCGCUGGUAAAUAUUGCUUCAUUCCGCUGUCUUAUUGCAUUCGCCCUUUCAUUCCGCGUGUCUGAAUGGAUUGCCGACUUUGGUUAUCUCAAGACGUUUAUCAUCUACGCUGCCAUAGUUGGCGCAUUUACCCUGUUUAUUCCGAUCGUGUAUAUAUGGGGAGCCAAAUGGCGACAACGAUUGGGAACUUCUUGA